AUGGCCUCACUUUCAUCUCGCGCCCUGAGGUCGGCGAGCCGCCUGCGCUCCGCCGCACCUCCCGGCGCCGUGCGAGCGCUGGCCCCUGCCGCCACCCGCCGCGCCUACGUGACCGAGUCCCGGCACGACAAGGCAAAGGUCGAGACGGCCAUCAAGCUCGACAAGAAAGACUUUGCCGACAUCCCCCCGCCCCAGAUGGGCGGUGCCUCCAACACCAAAGUCAGCCCAAUGGCCGAAAUUCUCAAGCAGGCCGCCGUCAUGGAAGAGGGCCAGAGGCCCAUCUAUCUCGACAUGCAGUCUACCACGCCUGUCGACCCCCGGGUUCUCGAUGCCAUGCUACCCUUUUACGUCGGCGUAUAUGGCAAUCCCCAUUCCCGGACACACGCAUAUGGCUGGGAGAGCGAAAAGGCGGUCGAGGAGGCUCGCGAGCACAUUGCCAAGCUCAUUGGCGCAGACUCCAAGGAAAUCAUCUUUACGAGUGGCGCCACCGAGAGCAACAACAUGAGCAUCAAGGGAGUCGCUCGCUUCUUCGGCCGGUCCGGCAAGAAGAAGCACGUCAUCACCACUCAGACUGAGCACAAAUGUGUUCUCGACAGCUGCCGGCAUCUGCAGGAUGACGGAUUCGAAAUCACAUAUCUGCCUGUCCAGAGCAACGGGCUCAUUAGCAUGGCCGAGCUCGAGGCUGCCAUCCGGCCAGACACGGCCCUCGUCAGCAUCAUGGCCGUCAACAAUGAAAUCGGCGUCAUCCAGCCCAUCGAACAGAUUGGCAAGCUGUGUCGCGAGAAAAAGGUAUUCUUCCACACCGACGCCGCCCAGGCCGUGGGCAAGAUUCCGCUCGACGUAAACGCCUUGAACAUCGACCUCAUGUCCAUCUCAUCCCACAAAAUCUAUGGUCCCAAGGGCAUCGGCGCCUGCUACGUCCGGAGACGGCCGCGGGUCCGGCUAGACCCCAUCAUCACCGGCGGCGGACAGGAGCGUGGUCUUCGGAGCGGGACACUCGCGCCGCCACUGGUCGCUGGCUUUGGCGAGGCUUGCCGCAUUGCCAAGGAGGAGAUGGAGUAUGACACGAGGCGAAUCAAGACUCUCUCCGACCGACUUCUCAAAGGCCUACUGUCCAUGGAGCACACGUCCCAGAACGGCGACGCCAACUCCUUCUACCCUGGCUGUGUCAACGUCUCGUUUGCUUACGUCGAGGGAGAAUCGCUAUUGAUGGCUCUCAAGGACAUUGCGCUGUCGUCUGGGAGUGCCUGCACCUCUGCCUCGCUGGAGCCCAGCUACGUGUUGCGAGCGCUCGGAAAUAGCGACGAGAGCGCACAUAGCAGCAUCCGGUUCGGCAUCGGUCGGUUUACGACGGAAAUGGAGAUUGACUAUGUCCUCAAGGCGGUGCAGGAGCGCGUCAGCUUCUUGCGAGAGCUGAGCCCGCUGUGGGAGCUGGUGCAGGAAGGUAUUGACCUAAACACGAUUCAAUGGAGCCAGCACUGA